AGUGAAACCCUGCUGGGGGAGGGGGCUCUGGGACCAGCCGCCUGAGGGAGCAGCCAGAGCCACAGGCACACGCACAGACCCAAGCGGCCCGGACGCCAGCCCGAUGGCGGAGGCCCCGAGCCACGCUGGCUCCGAGGAGCAGGAGGAGCUGCUGGUGGACAAAGACACCGGGCUCACCACUCAGUGGGACGUGGAGGAUGAGGAGGAGGCCGCCCGGGAGCGGCGCCGCCGGGCGAGGGACAAGGAGCUCCGGACCCAGGACGCGGACGGCGGCGAGUCCCCCGAGCUGCCGGAGCAGGAGAGCCUUCUCAGCAGGAAGCCCUCGGAGGCCCCUGAACUGGACGAGGAUGAGGGUUUCGGCGACUGGUCCCAGAAGCCUGAGCAGCAGCGGCAGCACUGGGCGGCCGGGGAGAUGUCCGAUUGCGGGGCGCCCCCUCGGAGUGAGAGUCUGGAGGGGCAGCAAGGGGAGGACAGGCCCCAACAGCCUGCCUGUGGGGACCAGGAUGGUGGUGAGCAGAGUCCAGCCAGAGUCGGCCUGGAGGAGUUGCAUCUGAGCCGCAGCUCAGAGCCCCAGGAGGAGCCAGGAACGGAGGCGACGGAGCCCAAGAGCCCAGAGGGGACCGUCCAGGACGGCCUGGGGCCGGCAGGAACGGAAGAGGCAGGUGAACAGCACCAGAAAUGCCAGCAGCCCAGGACACCCAGCCCCCUGGUCUUGGAGGGUGCUUCCGAACAGGACUCCCCUCCCCUGAGCCCCAGCACCAAACUCAUCGACAGAACCGAGUCCCUGAACCGCUCCAUCAGGAAGAGUAACAGUGUGAAGAAGUCCCAGCCAGCCCUGCCCAUUUCCAAGAUUGAUGAGCGACUGGAGCAGUACACACAGGCCAUUGAGACUGCUGGCCGGACCCCCAAGCUAACCCGCCAGCCCUCCAUUGAGCUGCCCAGCAUGGCUGUGGCGAGCACCAAGAGCCGGUGGGAGACAGGAGAGGUGCAGGCUCAAUCCACUGCCAAGGGCCCUUCUUGCAAGGAUAUUGUAGCUGGAGACAUGAGCAAGAAAAGCCUCUGGGAGCAAAAAGGAGGCUCCAAGACAUCAUCGACAACUAAGCAGAGCACCCCAUCUGGAAAGAGGUACAAGUUUGUGGCCACUGGACAUGGGAAGUACGAGAAGGUGCUUGUGGACGAGGGCCCGGUGCCCUAGGCUGCCCUUCUUGCUUCCCUGAGACCGCAGGCAGCUCAGGCAGCAACCUCCGCCCUCACAGCGACGAGUUCAGCCAGACGCCCACCCGGCCCUGCCACGGGAGCCGCUGCCACUGCCCGCCCGGUCUGCCCGCGCCCGGCCAGCACCCACCACCAUCGCCACCUUGCUGCUCCUCGACCCCCCGGCCGCUCUCCCCUCCCGCUCUCUGACCCCCGACUACCUCGCACAGCAGGGGCAGGAAAGGGGCUCUCACUGGUGACGGACCACGGGGGCCAUCCCUGCAGAGACCAAGAGGAAGGCCCAGCCUGGGCAGAGAGAGGACACGUGCCGGGGGACUUCCAGGUCAAGAGACACCAGCACCUGAACCACAUUCUCAGGCCCUGCCCCCCCCCCCCCCCCCCCCCGGCUUGCAGCCCCGUCCUCCGUGUGCAAUAAAGCUCCUCGUGCAUUCCAA